UUAAGGAAGGGAAAAACAUCAGUGCUGGUUUCUCAUGGAAGAACUCAGAAACGAGGGGCAGACGCUGGGCUGGUGAAGGCAACAAGCUGGAGUGAAAUGUCCUCUUACAGAUGCCUGGACGACCAGGGAAGCGAGCCUCUCAUCCAUUUUGAGAAGGUGAGCCUUUGCUACCAGCAGACGCCUGGUGGACAUGUGGAAGAAGGCACGGCAUCGCAGCACCCACACUACCUGGAAACUUUGAACCAGCUAGCGGGCCUGGACUACCCACUGGACAAGCUGUGGGAGAGGCUGAAGUCUGGCUUCCCGUUCAAGCAGAAGGUGGCUGAGCUGGAAAGCCGGCAGAAGACCUUAGAGAACAUCGUCUCUGUCCUGAGUCGGGAGCUGGACAGAAGAGAGACGCCCCCUGGAGUCACUCUGGGCGACGCCAUGGCCAGGAUCCUCUACCUGGAGGAGAAGGUGAAAGAGCAAGACACACUCUUGGCCCUGAAGGAUGUGAUGAUCAGCAGCUUAGCCUCCCAGAUCCAGACCCUGGAGCAAACCACGUACAACGGCUGUUUCCUCUGGAAGGUUCCAGAGGUGGAGCUCAGGAUGCGGGAGGCACGAGCUGGCAGCCGGCCUGCCCUUUAUUCUCCCUUCUUCUACACCAGCCGCUACGGAUACAAACUCCGCCUCAAGCUGUUCCUGAAUGGCGACGGGACAGGAGCGGGAACCCACCUCUCUGUCUUCCUAGUCCUGAUGAAGGGCGAGUAUGAUUUCCUGCUGAAAUGGCCAUUCCGGCACAAGGUGACCUUCACUCUCCUGGACCAAGUCCACAAGCAUCACAUCUCCACCUCAUUUCGCCCCUUGGAGUCGUCGUCCUCCUUCCAGCGCCCUGUGAAUGAAAACAAUGUGGCCAGUGGCCUCCCCGAGUUCUGCCCCUUGAACUUGCUCCACGACCCGGGAAACGCCUAUAUCUGCAACGACACAUUAGCCAUCCAGGCUGUAAUAGACACAAAGACUCUUUCGUCCAACUGAACUGGAGGCCACGCUACCAAACAAACUGUUGCUCAGAUAGAGUGAUAUGGUGGUCUCAAAAUGGCUGCCAGAAGAGACACUACGGAAUCCUUCAGUUAAUGCUAUCAAGUGCUGCCAAGAAAAGGUGGCAUCCCCAGCAAGGGAGGAAGAGGCCGACGGCGCAAAGUCCUUUUCAGUGUUCCGGACUGGAUGCGAAGGGGCGAAAAUGCUUACAAGGUGCCAUGCUGUAUCAAGUCACACUGUUGUGCCUUCUAGUUCAUACUGCCUGGGGAUGAUGGGAGUUGUUGAUGAGGGUACCAGGCUGGGGAAGUCUCAUUUCUAAUGCACUGUGGCUCUCUCUUUUGGGAUUGGUGACUGCAUCCCCAGUCCUUAUCAGCCAUGAAAAUUGGCAGACUAGUGUGGGUCAAAGCAACCCACAGGUUUGGAAUGACAGCACACAAAUGGCACUUCCCAUCCCCACAGUUAUGGGGACAAGAAAUUGAAUUUCCAUUAUAAUACAACAAUAGGCUCAUUGACUGCACCCCUCCCACUAGCUGGGAGUGGGAGAUGGAAACUUUGCUUUCCUUACCCGCUAAUUUUUUAAAUUCCUCUGAAGUCAAGAAGGCUCGAACCUUCCUCUUUCCCUUUUACCACCCUCUAGCAAAAAGAAGAAAAAGACCCUUAAAUAUUUAGGAAAUCAAACCUGGCACUACAGCCCUUUACUUUUUAUGACUGCAGCUGUGCUUGAAACAAUUCUGCUUGUAGGAUUAUUUAAUAUUGUAUUUUUGACGUAUUUUAUAGUUUAAAUGGUUGAGAACUAC